ACCCCACCCCUCAAAAUUAAAGCCUUCAUUUUCAUCCAUACAUCCAAAACUACAAAGGUUUUAUGUUUAUCUAUAAAUUAUUCUGCCUUGAUACAAGAGACUUUGUAGGUAUAUCUAUUUCUUUAGGAGUGGCUUGGUAGAAAUAUUAUCAAAAGACCCAAGUGAUCAAGACUCGCGAUUUGGUGAUCUUACAUUUCAUGGGAGGAACAAAGGAAACUUUUGAAGCAGAAAUGGGGUUGAAGCAAAACCAUGGUGCUAGUCCAUGGAAUGUUCAAUGGGUGAUUAAUAUGGGAACUGCUGGCACAGAUAGUUGCGAUGAUUUCUCAGAAUCAUUUGAGUCAAGUUUUGAAGACUCAGCAAAAUCUUCUUCUAUAGAGUCGGUAGAGGAUGAUGCAUCGUCUUCAUCAUCGUCUUAUGGGCCUUUGUAUGAGUUGUCUGAUCUAAUGGCUCAACUUCCAAUCAAGAGAGGGCUAUCAAAGUAUUAUAAAGGGAAAAGUGAGUCUUUUGGGUGUUUGAGGAGUGUGAAGAGCUUCGAGGAUCUUGCGAAGAAUGGGAAUUCAUAUAAGAGCUUCAGAGGAGGUUUAGAUGGCAAAAGAACAUUGUUUGGUCCAAAAGCUACCAUUACAAAGAAGUCUUCAAGAAAGUCCAACUUAUCUUCACUUACUCAUACAAAUACUCUUGUAGCUUCUUGUAGAUCUCUCAUUUCUUUAAAGAAGAAUUUGUAACAUCAAGAUUCUCAGAAAGCUUGCUGCAAUUUUUUUUUUUUUUUUUUUAAUCUAGCAAUCUGUGAAAAUGUAAGUGGUUAAAGUCUCUUAUAGAAAUAGGAUAUAACCAGAAUACAAUCUUUUUGAAAAGUGUUUUGUGGAUUAAAAAGAUUUGCAGGCUUGAAAAUCUCUAUUUCGCCU